AGAGAGAGAGGGCAAGCCCAUUGCACCGAGAGAGUGAGACCAGCGCGUCAACAGACAAUCACCAGUCAGUUAGUUGCAGCGACCUUGUAACGGACAACUCUCCCCCAGUCGGCCCUGAACAUUCAGCCAGAGAAAACGUCCAGCAUGGAGAACGUUUACGAGGCCGUAGCGGAGGGUAGCGUGUAUGAGCGGCCCGACACUCCUGCCGAGGCCAAGUAUGAGAACCAAGGAGUUAUCUAUGAAACCCCCAGUGAGGUGGAAGAGGCGUUGCACAGAGAGGAGCAGGUGUACUCAUACCCGAGCGGGGAGCGAUCCUCGCCGGACUACAUGAACACCAGAGACGCACCGGAACAGGCAGCAGCACCGGCAGCAGAGAAAGAUUGUUCUUCUUCGUCCUCCUCGUACGGCAACAACGAGGGGGAUAAGUAUACGGCGGAGGAGAUGAAAUUAGCUGCAGAAGUUGAGGCUGCGCUCGAGGUUAACGGCGACGGUGCUGUCUCGAGACGAUCAUCAUCCUCCUCCUCCUCCUCUUCCUCCUCCAAGCACGAGGGCAACCUGCAGGACAACAGGCUGGUGGAUGCCUACAGCCACAGUGACAAGAGUCUGAGCGACAAGGAGGAGGAAGAAGCGGUGGACUACAGUCUGAAGACCAUCGAGACUCUGGAAGCCGUUAAUCUGGACGAGGACAGUGCCACUCCCGAUGACCCCGAUGCACCCGAAAUCUCCCUGUUUGUCAAGGCGGGUAGUGAUGGAGAGAGUAUCGGUAACUGUCCGUUCUCCCAGCGUCUCUUCAUGAUCCUGUGGCUGAAGGGAGUGGUCUUCAAUGUCACCACAGUCGACCUCAAGAGGAAGCCAGCUGACCUCCAUAACCUAGCCCCAGGGACCCAUCCUCCUUUCCUGACAUUUAACGGAGAGGUGAAGACGGACAUCAACAAGAUUGAAGAGUUCCUGGAGGAUGUACUGGCUCCGCCCAAGUACCCUAAGUUGGCAGCCAAGCAGAGAGAGUCUAACACAGCUGGAAACAACAUCUUUGCCAAGUUCUCAGCGUACAUCAAGAACACCAAGCCUGAAGCUAAUGGAGUCCUGGAGAAGGGUUUGUUGAAGGCUCUGAGGAAGCUAGAUGACUACCUGGCUAGUCCACUCCCAGAGGAGAUCGAUGCAGACAGCAUGGAGGAGGAGAGGGAGUCCACCAGAUGCUUCCUGGACGGGGACGACCUCACCCUGGCUGACUGCAACCUCCUGCCCAAACUGCAUAUAGUCAAGGUGGUUGCUAAGAAAUAUCGUAACUAUGAGAUUCCGUCUGAGCUGAGCGGGGUGUGGCGCUACCUGAAGAACGCCUACACGCGGGACGAGUUCACCAACACCUGCGCUGCCGACAACGAGAUAGAGAUGGCUUACCUGGAUGUGGCCAAGAGACUGGAGAAGUGACCUCUAGCCCCUGACCUCUAGCCCCUGACCCCUGACCUCUAACUUCCAGCCUCUGACCUCUAGCCUCUGACCUCUAGCCUCUGACCUCUAGCCCCUGACCUCUAGCCCCUGACCUCUAACCUCUAGCCCCUGACCUCUAGCCCUUGACCUCUAGCCCCUGACCUCUAGCCCCUGACCUCUAGCCCCUGUCCUCUAACCCCUGACCUGUAGCCCCUGACCUCUAGCCCCUGACCUCUAGCCCCUGACCUCUAUCCUCUAACCCCUGACCUCUAGCCCCUGACCUCUAUCCUCUAGCCCCUGACCUCUAGCCCCUGACCUCUAGCCCCUGACCUCUAGCCCCUGACCUCUAACCUACAAGCCUGAUUUUUUAACCCCUUGACUCCUAAUCCCAACCCAUAUCAGCAGUUACCAUGAAGCCAGUCCACAGGGAUAUUUGUUAAUAAUUUCCCCUGCUGUAGUCUGACUACACCAUCAACAUCUGGCUACUGAUUAUACUAAUAUAUUGAUUGAUUAAUGUAUUGAUCUGUAUUCGAUAAUACACUGUGUUGAAAGGUCCAUUACAAUCAUGAGCUUCACUUGGAUGAUUUUCAUAUAGUUUUGCUGUAGUCUUUCUAUUUGAGACAGACAGAUGAGGAGUUGAUUUGAUCAUUUGUUAAUAAGUUUUAAUGUAUUUUAAAAACACUUUUGAACAAACAA